AGGGACAUGAGGACAGGGAACAAUAAAGGGAAACGCCACCACUACGUCAGGCCUGCUUCCUUGAUGACUUGUGGGGAGGGUCACAGGAAACGGUCCUUCCAGGGCCCCGCCGCGUUGCUAUGGAAACCACCACAGUCUGUCAGAAGGAGGUUUCCUCCACAAGGGGGCUCUGCCUCCCCAGCAAAGAGCCGCCUCAUUCCAGGAUUAUUCCAGCUGGACUCAGCGUUCAUCGCUGGGAGUCACAGACUGUAAAACCUUCUCACUUCUUCUUUCAAGUUUCCCCGUUUGUCUUCCUCUUAUCUUGUUAAUGUUUCGAUAUGUUGUUAAUGUUUCGACGCACUUUAGAGGACGGUGGGAGCGGCGUGCAGGCGGCAUGAGUCAGAGGCCCCGUGAGGAUCCUCUUCCUUUCGCCUCGUUACAGCACGUUUCAUGUCAAUUUUUUUUUUUUUUUCCUCCAUAAUCUCUCUCUCUCUCUCUUGUUCAAGAUGUUCCAAGGACGUUGUGAUGCACGACACCACAUUCCUGUAAACCAAACAGCUGGAGAGCAGCUGGUCAGAGUGGAGCGAUUAGCGGAUUAAGAGCCAGACAUUUCAUAACCUCUGAGGCGGAUAACAAAUCCAGAUGCAGACACACGACAAUAAUUCAGAACAUGUGGUGAUGGUGGAACCUUCUCCCGGGAGCAUCUCCAUAAAUCCGUGCUGUGACUUAUUGGUGUUUACUCCUCUGCACUCAACAUUUCUCCUCCUCGGCCUACGUGCGGCCUGUGCUCCUGAGAUGUUUGUCAGCUCUCUGGGUGAACAACGACUUGUUUGGGAGUUGAAGCACAAAGUUCAGGACUCGUACGUGAUGCCGCUUCCUGUUUACAUCGCUGCAGCGUCGCGUUCAGAGGGCGACCGUGGCAGAACGUCCCAACGUCGCGUCCCGUUCCGUCCUGCAGCUCCCACGUCCUGCACAUUCUUUGGAGGCGGCGUCCGGCCUCCUCCCGUGAGCGGGACUGAGCGAGUGUUUGGUUUAGUUACGCCCGAGCCCGGCGCCCUGCAGCAACAACACCGCCUCCCUGCAGCUGCACUUGAAUGAUCAAUGUUUCCGCGUCAACAUCAGGAGGUGUUUGCAGCUCUGAAGCACCGGGAGGUCAAACAGUGGAGCGUUUAGCAGCUAAAGUGAAGGAUGUUUCAGAGAAAGAGGCUUUGGAGUUCACCGUGUGACCAGAAGUCUCCAAAAUGAACGAUUAACGUUUCUCUGAAUCUGCCGAAUGUGGAAAUGUUGAAUGAGCUUUACCGUUCCGCCGCCAAACCCUCUGACCGGGCCGCUCGGGCCGCUGGCGGCCCUCCAGGAAGGAUGCAUUGUGGGAAGCCAGGCCGGAAGCUUCCCCACCGUUGGCCUUCAUAGGAGAUAAGCUCUUUCAUUCGGCACCCGGCUUCAUGUUUAACAGACACAUUUAAGAGUUUUAUCAAGAAACAAAGUCCAGAAGCUUCUAUCCAAAGAUAAAUAGAGCAAAACUAUAAGUUGAAGAAAGACACAUCAGCCACCAGACGAAGCGACCGUGUGGCCCGUGUGGUGUUUUGGUGAUUCAGAACGGAUGGUUGUGACAGAUUCAUGAGUAAAGCGUGUGAGCUGUGAGAAUCUGUGGAUAGAAAGUUGGGGCUGAACGAGUCAGACAUCAGCACACUUCUUCCUCCUGGUUCCUCCUGGUUUUUCUGUCGCAAAUCCUCCGUCUCUGCUUCCGCUCCGUAAAUACAGAACACACACGAUGUCGUGCUUUUCGGCAUUCAAAAUCAUAACCAGGUCUAAAAUACCUGUGUUUUUCAGACAACGUAACCGCUGGCAACAGGAAGCACUGUCGUCUCUCCGGGGAUCAGCGCAGCCAAACAGGGAAAUCUGUUUUCAAUGAAACACUCACAAACAUUUACAGUUUGUACCCCGCUGUGAGCGCCCGGUUCACGGUCCGCUAUCUUAGUUGGAUUAAUUAAGACUAAAUGUGUUUAUGAAUUGGGAGUUUGACGAGAUAUCCAAUUAAAGUAAUAAUCCCCAAAAUUCAAAACAAACUUUCUUGCUUUUCCUGUUGGUAUUUGCAUUUUGCUGCUGUUUUCCCUCCAUAAACUCACUGCGACGCUCAACAUAAAACAAAGAAACAAAUUGAAUAGUUUGCACGUGUUUUUCACACCAAAGCAAACAGGACCAUGAAAGGGGCUUUUUUCUCCUAGAUUCUCACACUCGGGCGGCGGCGGAAAGGUGACGUCAGACCAUCGGAAUGCGCCUCUGGUCGCGCGGGGCUGCAGUUGAUUAGGUGACCGGGGCGUUCCGGACCCUCCGGACAGCGGUGGGCGGAGACAAAACUCGCCUCCGGAGGACGGCGAGGCGCCGCAGGAAGAACGCGCAGGAGACCCGACGAGCACGGAGAACGCAGACCCCCACGAGGACCGUAUUCCUGUUAAAACAUGUUUUCAAUGAGUCCAAACGCGGUGCUGCUGGUGCUGGUGUGCGCGCGUGCUGCCGCGGCGGCGCGCAAUAACGUCAGUGCAUUCGGGAGGACCUUCGCCUUCUUCCCCCCGCCAGGCGAACCGUUGGACCUGACCGACCUCGACGCGGGGGAGGUCGUUGCCAAGACGAAUCACUCCGCUAGCGUCCCGGGGAUCAACGCCACCGUCUCCAUCCGGCCGGAGAUCUCCGAGGAGGCGCUGCAGUUCCUGACUGGCCCCGUGUCCAAGCUCCUCAUCCCCUCCUUCUACACGCUGGUGUGCCUGGUCAGCGUGCCCGUCAACCUCUGCGCGGUCCUGGCCUUCGCCCGGAGGAUCCGGCCCAAGAAGCCGGCCGCCAUCUACAUGCUGAACUUGGCCUCGGCCGACCUGCUCUUCGCCUCGCUGCUCCCCUUCAAGAUCUCCUACCACUUCGGCGGGAACAACUGGAUCUUCGGCCCGUUCAUGUGCCGCGUGGUCACCGCGGCCUUCUACUGGAACAUGUACUGCUCCGUCCUCCUCAUCGCGUGCAUCAGCGUGGACCGGCUCCUCGCCGUGGUCUACCCCAUCGCCUCCCUGGCCUGGAGGAGGCCCCGCAACGCCACCCUGGCCUGCGCGGCCAUGUGGGCGCUGUCCUUCGCCGGCUCGGUGCCCCUGGUCCUCUCCGAGCAGACCGUCCGCCUCCGCGGCCUGGGCAUCACCACCUGCCACGACGUUCAGCACGCCAACCUGCUGAUCCGCCGCUACAAGGCCUACUUCGUGGCCCUCUGCGUGGCCCUCUUCUUCCUGCCGCUGCUGGUCACCGUGGUGUCCUACGCCCGGGUGAUCUGGGCGCUGAGCGGGGUCCCCCGCGGCCUCCCGGGGUGCUCGCGCAGGAGAAGCCGAGCGGUGGUGAUGGCCCUGACCGUGCUGGUGAUGUUCGUGCUGUGCUUCACGCCCACCAACUGCCUGCUGCUGGCGCACUACCUGCAGUUCGACGAGGGGGUGGAGACGAGCCGGGAGGCGCCCGACGGCUCCUACGCCGUCUACCUGGUGUUUCUGUGCGUGGGGAGCCUCAACUGCCUCCUGGAUCCUCUGGUCUACUACUUCGGGUCCUCCCAGUGCCAGAAACAGCUGGCCGGCGCGCUGGGGUGUCACAAGGUCGCGGGGGGGAGUGGCGGAGGUCACUCGACCUCCAAUUCGAGCCGAUCCAGCAGCAGAACGAUCCUGAAGUCCAGCCGCGCGGAGAGCUCCCAGAUAAACGCAGCUGUCCAAGCGGACCUGAGCAGCCAGUACAAGAAGCUGCUGGUCUGAUCCAACGGCCUUUUUUUAGCGUUAUGAAACCGUUUUUGUGACGGGCACAAAGGGUUUUCAAUUUUAUUUCACAAUACAGAAGGACAGAAAGUUCAACAGAAAUGCCUAACUUGUUUGGAAAAGACAAGCUGUGUUUUUGAGCUGUUUUCGUGCGAGGACAAGUCGUUUGACAAGAAGGAAGUCUGAUAAGAAAGGGCUUCCUAUCCUCAUUUAGAAAGGCUUUUUUUUUUUGCACCAUAGAAGUAUUAAGAGUCUUUAAGCUGUAAGUAUUAUAUUCAAUGGAAGGUGAUUAUUUGCUAUUAUGUUUUUGCUGAGAAGCGUAUUUUCCACAUUUGAGAAGCUGGCAAUAAUUUCUUACUUUUGUAUUUUAAAAGUCUUUUUUCUCCCCAUUUUUUGAUCUCUGAAUAAGUUUCUUGUCGUUGUUUUGUAAUAACCACCGAACAGGUGUGCUUCAUGCUGCUCUCUGCUGGUUGGAAGUGUGAAGUAUUUUAAGUGUUUACAGGCUGUUCUUUCACUGUCUUGUUCCUGCUGCAGGGACUGUUAUUAAAAUGGAUCCGUCCUCUUCCUCUGUGUCCACGUCCAUUUCAUCAGUCAUGUGACGUGCACCUCUACUGCUGAUACUAAUAAAUACUUUUGGAAUCUUU